ACACUGGCAACCGAAUUAGGCGUAUGCAUUUUUCAACACUGGCAGCUGAAUGUAAAUUUUUGAGCGACGCCAGCCGGAAAAUUCAACAAAGAUUCCUUGUACUACCUUUCGCCAUAGCCAUGGACGCUCCCAUCUCGCCGGUGACCACCCCGAAUCCGCCCGCAGAGGCUGCCAAGGAGCAGAACUGUACCAACAACACGCAGCAGGCCAGCUCAGUCGCUGCGCCGGGAGCCGCCGCCGCAACCGGAGCAACUGCCGCCGUCCAGUCCGCGUCUGCCUCAACACCCACGGCCCCGCAGCAGCAGCAACAACAGCAGCCGCCCGCCAAGAAGGCCAGCGGAGAGACAAGUUCGCUGCCCACGCGACAGUAUCUGGACCAGACAGUGGCCCCCGUCCUGCUCCACGGCCUGCAGGCACUCGCUCGUGAGCGACCAACGGACCCCAUUCAAUUCCUGGCCUCCUACCUGCUGAAGCACAGCAACGGCUGCGAGGAAAACAACGGAACUGUGACAGAGAACAACCCAUAGGCUCUCCGUACCACUCCCCCCUCCCAAACCUUCUUCGUUAGUUGUGUAAGUGAAUUUGUGCAGAAAUAAACGUUUAAAAUUAGAAUAUAAUUGCAAAAAACA